UGUCUUGAUACAAUGCUAAUGCUCUCUAUAUAAGUGACACCUCAGUGAAGUUUCAUUGAGGAAACAAACACUCUCCUUCGAAUCGUUCAGCAGAAGGAUUAUAACAUCAGACAUCGCAGUGAUGGAAAUGUCUCGCCAUCCCAUUGUCCAUCAGCCGCAAGCUCACCGAUGCACGCGGAGCUUUGAAUGGCAGAACGAGCUCUGUGACUGUGGCAACGACUGUCGCAUCUGUCUCUGUGGAGCCUUCUGCUUCUGUUGCCUGGGAUGCAAAAUUGCCAGAGACAUGGAAGAAUGCUGCUGCUGUGGUCCAACUGUGGCCAUGAGGACCCGCUAUCGAACUUUGUACAGGAUACCGGGAUCCCUCUGCUCAGACUGCCUCGUUGCCAUUUGCUGCGCUCCUUGUAAUCUUUGCCAGCUGAAGAGCGAUAUCAACAGAAGGAAACAAUUAGGGAUAUUCUAGAGCACGUUGCGAUUAUCUCUAUACUACUUAUAAUAAUUUGUUUCAGUGUUACUUGCAACUAAUUUCUUUUUGGAAAUCUUUUUGCCUGAUUGGCUUUCUUUUUGUUUUUUCAUUUUCUGAAGGAAGACUUGUUUUCUCAAAAAUGUUCUAUCCUGGUAUCAUCCCAGACUUUGUUGGUGGCAUCUCUCUGGACUGAUGCUUCAUAUUCUAGCAGAGCUUCUAUUAUUACUUGGUUCAAGCAACCAUAUACCUUCCCCAGAAAACUGUUCCUCUUAACUUUUCCCUCCAUUUCCCUUUAUACCCCCCCCCCCGAACAUGUGUGUUUUGAAGUGAAAUGUAACAGUACUGGUCUUAUGUGGUAAUUUUAAUAUGAAUAAAAUUCAAUAAUAUUGUGGUCA